GCCGCGCUCUCCGCCCAGCGGCGAGCGGGGGAAGGGAGCGGCGGUGGCGCGGGGCCGUGUGGCGGCGGAGCGGCACCUGGGCUCCCCCCGAGGCCGCCGGCAGGCACAGGGGACCUCGCAGCCCCGGCGGGGAGCGCGGGCGGCAUGAGCCAGGUGCCGAGGAAGCUGCCCCAGGAGGAGGGGGACGAGGAGGAGGAAGAGGAGGAGGAGAUCGUGGGCUUGGCGGGCUACGCGGACGGGGCCGAGUCCUUCUCGGACGGGGACGCGGAGAGCGGCGGCGAUGAGGCGUUUUUGGAUUUCAAUGAUCCCUUCAGUACUGAAGUUAAGCCCCGAAUCCUGCUCAUGGGUUUGAGAAGAAGUGGGAAGUCUUCCAUUCAGAAAGUUGUCUUUCACAAAAUGUCUCCAAAUGAGACUCUGUUCUUGGAAAGCACCAACAAAAUCUACAAGGAUGAUAUUUCCAACAGCUCCUUUGUGAAUUUCCAGAUAUGGGAUUUUCCUGGGCAGAUUGACUUCUUUGACCCUACAUUUGACUAUGAGAUGAUUUUCAGAGGCACUGGAGCACUAAUAUUUGUUAUUGACUCUCAGGAUGAUUAUAUGGAAGCAUUAGCUCGGCUGCAUCUUACUGUGACCAGAGCAUACAAAGUGAAUCCAGACAUCAACUUUGAAAUCUUUAUCCAUAAAGUGGAUGGUUUAUCAGAUGACCAUAAAAUAGAAACUCAGAGGGAUAUUCACCAGAGGGCAAAUGAUGACCUUGCGGAUGCUGGAUUGGAGAAAAUUCAUCUCAGCUUUUAUCUGACAAGCAUAUAUGAUCAUUCUAUAUUUGAAGCGUUUAGCAAAGUGGUACAGAAACUGAUUCCACAGCUCCCAACACUGGAAAAUCUGCUAAACAUCUUUAUUUCAAAUUCCGGGAUUGAAAAAGCAUUUUUAUUUGAUGUAGUCAGCAAAAUCUACAUUGCAACGGACAGUUCUCCUGUGGACAUGCAGUCGUAUGAGUUGUGCUGUGACAUGAUUGAUGUAGUGAUAGAUGUUUCCUGUAUAUAUGGGCUUAAAGAUGAUGGCACUGGAACUCCGUAUGACAAAGAAUCAAUGGCAAUCAUAAAACUGAACAACACAACUGUCCUUUAUUUAAAAGAAGUGACAAAAUUCCUUGCUCUUGUUUGCUUUGUAAGAGAAGAAAGCUUUGAGAGAAAAGGAUUAAUAGACUACAAUUUCCAUUGUUUUCGAAAAGCCAUACAAGAAGUGUUUGAAGUAAGAAUGAAAGUAGUAAGAUCACGAAAACAUCAAAGCCACGUGCAAAAAAAUAAGAGACCCACUCCCAAUGGGACACCAAGAAUGCCACUGUAACUGAGGUUUUCUGGCACUGUGGCGAGCUAAGUUUUCAUGAAGUUGAUGUGACUUCUGCAUCUCAUUGCACUGAGUGAAGAGGAAAACCAAUGGGACUGGUGUAUUAUAUGAAUUUUCCCUGAACGUUCAGAAAGCACUGUUUAAAUAUUUUUAUCCAAUCAGUUUUUGUUGUUUUUUUUUAAAUAUAGUGAGCACUUUGAGCAAAAUGUUGUAUAUAUAAGCAUUGAGGUGAACACUUGUAAGAAUUUUCUUAAUAUAUGCUGUAAACCUUUUUCAUGCCAUAUUAAGAAAAAAAAAAGCAGCUGUGACAGAAAUACUGGGUACAUAAUUUGCACUUUUUCAUGUUUUCCUUGUGGAGUUGGACUUUGAUAAACUUAGUUUUUAUGGUGAUUUUGAUGCAUGGCGUCAGGUAAAAUGUAUGCUGUAGUUUAUUUACCUGCUACAAUCAAAUUGGCUAGUAAACAAUUAAGAAAACUUGGUACAAUGCCUUUUAAAAUUUGUUACAGCUAAUACCUAACAUUCAUACCGAUCUAAUUUCGUAUAUUUUUUCAAUUUGUAAUCUGAAAAGUAAUUUUGAAGUAUUACAGCAAUAAGUACCUUACCAGCAAUCAUAACUGGUAGGUAAAUAUUCAUAACUGGUAGGUAAAUAUUAGCUUUUAUAAAACAGGCUUUUGGCCAAAUUUCAUCUGGAGUUCUUCGUAACACUGGUAAUGCCCUCUGGGUCUACUUUUAUCAUUUACCUCAGCAUAUACCACUGAAAUACCUUUCUAUAAAGACAAUUGUUUUGUAAAAUGGCUCUAUGUUGCACUGGUAUUUUUAUAAGGUUUUGGAGGAGGGCGGUGUAUCCGAAAGGUUGAAUUUAUGCUGCUAAAUUUGUUUUGAUAGCCUGCACAGUUGUGGUUGAUGUGGUGAAGAAUCAAUGCGUUUCUACCCUGCCAUUCAGGUGUACUGAUGUAAGUCCUAAAGAUGUGAGCACUAACUUCUGAUUCCUUCUACUUAUGGGUACAUAUGCAAUUGAAAUCAAAACGAGUACUGGAGAAAUCAGCCUGUUACACUAAUCAGAAUAUGUUGCUACUUUUAACAUAGAAAUAAGCAGAUUUGUCACAGGAUCUGCCAGGACAUCAGAGUACUCUCAAACUUUAAAAAUAAGUAAAACUUUCUCAAUUCUGUA